CGCGAUCUGGGGGGUAGAGGACCGGCACAGCCCGUUUGGCGAGGUCGCACGGGCGGUCGAGCGAGCGUGCGUCCCUUCCUCGCGCUACGCGCAGCGGCAUCUGGCCGUGUAUGGGGGCGUCGAGAAUGGCGGGAGAGCAAGCUGGGAAGCCCCGAGACUGGACUUCCUGGCGCCGAUCCUCCGCAGAGGCGCUCAUAUCCAGCCUCUCGCGGCUGCGAGGCAUUCACCAGCCACUUUGGCUGCCUGGUCCCUGUGCCCAGAGACCCUGUCGUUGCUUGUCGCUGCCGGUGCCGACAUCACGCAGCCGGACAGCACGAGGCAGUACCCUCUCCUGGCAGCCGUGACGGAGUGGCCGUUUCAUCUACGGGAUGCCCGGGAUCCAGUGCGCACGCUGGUGUGGUUGCUCGAGCACGGCGCAGACCCGGACCAGACGAGCCGACGAGGCCGCACAGCCUUGUGGAAGAUAUGUCGCAACAACCAGAUGAGCACGGAGACCCAGAUGCGGUGCGUCGAUGAGCUAGUCCGGCACGGAGCCGACAUCUGCACCAAGGACAACGCGCAGGUCCCUGCGACCCUCUUGGCCCCGAGGAAGCGGAACUUUGACGUCUGCCGCCACUUGCUGGGCCAUGGUGCUCGCUUCGAAGUGCCUUUCGACAUGGUCAGCAUCGCGCGGAUGCUGAUAUCAGAGGCACGUCCCCCACGCAAGGUCCGUAAAAGCAACGAGAAGGCCGGCGUGUGGCAGCCACGACUGUGCAUGGACUUUUUACUGGAGCUCGACCGCGAGGAGAAGGUGCUCUUCACCAACCCGAUGCUGUUCUGGGAGGCGACGAAGUACCCGUUCAGUCAGCUCGCGAACAAGCUUUUGGAUGCGGGCUACACGAAUGUCACAUUCUCGCCACCAGGUGUGGGCCAGGAGACAUGCCUGCACAACAUCAUACAGGCUUCCACGCCGAACGAGACGCGUGAGGACGAGGACGCCCUCCUCCGCCGGCUGAUCGAACUCGGAGCGGACGUCGACAAGGGCAGACCAAUCAUAACCGCGAUGAGCAGACAUAGGCUUGACGCGGUGUCAAUUCUCCUGGACGCUGGCGUGGUGGUGCCGGGGGUUGCCAAAGAAGCGCUCGAGAAGGCCAUCUUGUUGGAUCGGCCCGCCUGCUGGUCGGAGUUAAGAGAGAUUACUAUCGCGAUGAAACGGUGGGCGAGGCGAUCAAGAGAGACAGAGUCUGGAAAGGUAUUGACGUAGAAGUUGUAUGGUCCAAGACUUUGCCAUGUUUGGAGCGAAUGGCAGGACGGCAACCUUGUGGGCUGUGUGACGAAUCAGAUAUUCAAUCGUGAUUAACCAAUUAAGAUUGCGAAGUGAGGAGAUUUUCGGUAAGAUUACGGGAUGAAUUUUCUCGACCGAUCCCUUCAAGUUUUGAAAUUCUAAUGGCAAUAUAUAGUGUCCUGGGGCAAGAUGGAAUAAGGUGAUCAUAAAGAAAACCCCCUAUGACCAACUGUAUACCACCUGCCGGGCAGGUGUUGCGGUGUUGCCGCAAAGGAGGGAGGCCGGUGGUGAGGGCAUCACCGACCCGCACCAAUGUGCUAUAGCAGCGAUUUGGGGAGGGGAGCCAGCACCACCAACCGCAUGAUUGGGAGGGUGCAACGGUGAGGAAUGGGAUGAUCAGGGCGUUCCCAUUGUACAUCCAAAAUCUUUGGGGAAAAACAAUUGAAUUGAAGGAGCUGUGAAAAAGAGGGAGC